GAUUUGUUCAGCAUCACCGCCACUACUACCAUCUUGUACUACCACAACUUGAGCCACUUGCACCGCGGUCGCAUCACAACUGGGGCAUUGGCCAUCAACUGUUCCAUUCCUCUAUUUCGCUGGCAUGUCGCGCAUAUGAGAUGCCUCGUCCGUGUCCUCUUUGUCUUGUCCGCAGGUGACAAACACAACCACUAGAGCAAAGUGACAUUCGCCGCCGAUCAAACGCAAACAGACGCAGUGUGUGUGUCGGACGACCAUCUCAAAGUGUGAAAUUACACCCCGGCCUACAACUAUUUCAACUGCGAAACCUCGCCCGCAACCGCCCAUGUACUGGGCUCUCAGGUCUAGCUCGUCUGCUUUGCGAUGAGCGACCUUGACAGAGCGAUCGCGCAGCUGCGCGCAUGCCGACCCAUACCAGAACCGCAAGUACGAGAACUAUGCUACAAGGCACGAGAGAUCUUGAUCGAAGAAGGAAAUGUGGUAUCGGUGCAUGCGCCCGUGACGAUAUGCGGGGACAUCCACGGGCAGUUCCACGAUUUGAUGGAACUGUUUCGAGUGGGUGGCGACGUUCCGGACACGAACUAUCUAUUUAUGGGGGACUUUGUCGAUCGCGGAUUCUACUCACUCGAAUCGUUUCUGUUGCUGCUGUGUCUAAAGGUGCGGUAUCCCGACCGGAUCACGCUCAUCCGAGGCAACCACGAGUCGAGGCAGAUCACCACAGUUUAUGGGUUCUACGACGAAUGUAUACGGAAAUAUGGCAGUGCAAAUGUCUGGCGCUAUUGCUGCGAGGUCUUUGAUUACCUGGCCCUGGGGGCAUUGGUGUUGGGCGCGACCACGGACGUACCACCACCUAACAACACCUCAUCUUCAUCUUACAACAACGAUAUCAACACGCAGUCGACGCUUCCGCCGGACGAGGACGAUGAAGACGGCGACGUCGAGUCCGAAGUACUCAACGCCAAUGGUGAGGUGUUGAGCAAGACUCUCCGACGCAAUUUCACCAUGACCUCGAGUGCGACGCGGAUAUCGCCCGCUCCCGACGUCGAUGCCCCUUCGCCGCCCGAGCAUCCUCCAUCGAGUCUCCCGUCGCAAUCUUCAGCAUCGCCUGGAACGACGACACAAACGCAGUCGCUCUGGACACCACCGACCUCGACGACCGGGGCGGUGUUGUGCGUACACGGCGGACUGUCGCCCUUGAUCGAGACGGUAGACAAGAUCCGGCUGAUUGACCGGAAACAGGAAGUGCCGCACGAAGGAGCCAUGUGCGAUCUAUUAUGGUCAGACCCGGACGAGAUCGAAGGCUGGGGUCUGUCUCCCCGCGGUGCGGGCUUCCUGUUUGGCGCCGACAUUGUACGCCAUUUCAACCACAACAACGACCUGUCGCUGGUCGCCCGGGCCCACCAGCUCGUCAUGGAAGGCUACAAGGAAAUGUUCGACAAGACCAUUGUUACCGUCUGGUCGGCCCCCAACUACUGCUACCGCUGUGGCAAUGUCGCUGCCAUCCUUGAACUCGGCGAAGACGCCAGCAAUGGUGGCUGCAUUGCCCGUGCCAACGGCGACCAGGGCCGCAGGGAACCCGUCGGCGGCGACGGCAAUGGCGGCGGCUCAAAUGUCCUUUGGAACCUCGCUACCCCUGGUCGUCGCUAUAGAGUCUUCGAGGCCGCUCCGCAGGGAACCAGGGGCAUGCCUGCCAAAAAGCCCGUCGGCGAAUACUUUUUGUAACAACACUGAAGAGCUUACAGUUGGGAACUAAAAUGGGUCCGUACAGGCAGACCCAAUGAUUACUGCAUGUUUACGAGUUCUGAGGUCGUGUGCGGUGUGCUAGGAGUGCUAGGAGUGUGUUUCUCUUUCUUUUCGUCUGUUGGUUCAGGGAGACGCUUGAAUUUUCUUCUUCGAAGGCCGAUUUCUUGUCCAGGUUGUUGCUAGCAGGUCUCCAUAAAAUGCCUGUGGUACAGCUCACACACAAACUGCGCUCAUCUCACCACAUGUGUUUGAACCAAAUGAAGCAAGUUCUGGAGCAAUCAAUCUUCAACGUAUCAGCAAAGGAUUCUGCUAACUGCGUGCUGAAGUGUGGUGGUUUUCGUCACAUAAAGUCGUCAUUCAUUACAAAACCAUGUACAAGUUGUACAAAACAACAGUCUCGUCUGUGUGACCGGCCUGUUAUCGAGCCACGUAGGCGUCCUCGUCCACACGAGUCCCUUCUUGCCAACACGUCCGUAGCCACUCCGCACUCACAAUAUGCGGGAUCUUACGACUCUUCCAGCGCGCCACGGUCUUUCUGAGCUCAGGGAGAUCCGAAGCCGGGUGAGCGAUGAUAUGCGUGAUUGUGAGUUUCUGCUUCUCAGGGAGUGUUGCGAGUGAGACUUCCGAAGGUGCGCCCUGCUUGGGGAGCACUUCUGCGCCGGCAAAGAGGGCGAUAUUGCGGGUUUUAAUCAAUUCCAAAUCGUCAAUAUUGGUCAGUUCAGAUUCCGAGCGUGUAUCAGUCUGUUUGGACGACCGGUCGGCUUUCAGCUCCGGCUGGUCAAAGAAGAAAACCAGUCCGUAAAACAUGUAUCCUUUCAUGUCGAGAUAGUCGGGAAAUAGAUCGUGGAUAUCGUUCUCGUUGGCCGUUUGAAUGUCACCCAUCUGAUCCAUG